GCAGUGUGGAACUAACCCCUCCGGCUCCAUCCGCCGCCCCACGGGGUGACCAUCCCACUGAAACUGCUCCUCCUCCUGCUCCUCCUCCUCCAACUCCCCCAUCUUCACCUUCUUCUCCUCCACCUGUUUCGACUCCUCUUCCACCCUCUACUCCCCCUCCUUCUCCUCAACCUUCUACUUCUCAGCCUCAAUAUUCUUCUCCCUCCAAGACUCCUCCUCCUGAUUCUCUUACGACCACUUCUCCAUCCUGUUCUCCUCCCGCUAUUCCUCCUCCUUCAUCUCCUCCUCCCUUAUCUCCUCCUUCGUCUCCUCCUCCCUCAUCUCUUCCUCCCUCAUCUCUUCCUCCCUCAUCUCCUUCUCCAGCGAUUCCUCCUCCCUUAUCUCUUCCCGCGAUUCCUUUUCCCUCAUCUCCUCCCGUCAUUUCUCCUUCCUCAUCUCCUCUUCCCUCAUCUUCUCCUCCCUUAGCUCCUCCCUCAUCACCUCUUCCACUUCCUUCUCCUGCCCUCUCUCCUCCUCCUCCUCCUGCAGUUCCUCCUUCCCACUCUUGUCCUUCUGCGACUCUUCCUCCUCCAUCCUCUUCUCCUCUUCCAUCCUCUUCUCCUCCUCUUCCACCGUCUUCUCUUCCUCCUGCGCGUCCUCCUCCACCCUCUUGUAGUGCGAUUCCUCCUGCUCCAUCCUCUCCACCUCCUCCUCCCUCUUCUCCUGCAGUUCCUCUUCCCUCCUCUUCUCCUCUUCCUGAAAUUCCUCCUGAACGCUCUUCUUCUCCAUCGUCUUCUCCUCCUCCUGCAAUUCCUCCUUCUCCAUCCGGUUCUUCUCCUCCUACCAAUCCUGCUCUUCCACCAUUUUCUUCCGCAAUUUCUCAAUCCUCUUCUGUGAUUCCUCCUCCACCAUCUUCUUCUCCUCCUCCUCCUCCAUCCUCUUCUCCUCCUGCACGUCCUCCUCCACCCUUGUCUUCUCCUCCUCCAUCCUCUUCUCCUCCUGCACGUCCUCCUCCACCGUUGUCUUCUCCUCCUCCACUCUCACCUCCUCCUCCAUCCUCUUCUCCACGUCCUCCUCCACCUUCGUCUCCUCCUGUGAUUCCUCCUUCUCCACCCUCAUCUCCUGCUCCAUCCUCUCCUCCUGUGAUUCCUCCUCCUUCGCCCUCAUCUCCUCCUCCAUCCUCUCCUCCUAAAUUCUCUUUUCCUCCUGCAACUCCUCCUUCGCCAUCCUAUUCUCCUCCUCCUCCAUCUUCUAUACGUCAUUCUCCUCUUCCAUCUUCUCCUGCACGUCCUCCUCCACCCCCAUCCUCUUCUCCUCCUGUUCCCCCUCCUCCCCCAUCCUCUUCUCCUCUUCCUGUAAUUCCUCCUCCUCCUCCUCAACCCUCUUCUCCUCCUCCUCCUGUAAUUCCUCCUCCCCCAUACUCUCCUCCUCCAACAAUUCCUCCUCCUCCUCCUAUUUCUUCUCCUCCUCCAACAAUUCCUCCUCCUCCUCCUCCUAUCUUUUCUCCCUCUGCGAUCCCUUUUCCUGUUACUUCUCAUCCUCCAUCCACUUCUCUCCCUUCUCCAACCUCUUCAUCCUCUCCUCCUCCUGUGAUUCCUUCUACGAUCGUUUCUUCACCAUUAUCUCGUGAGAUUCCUCCUCCUCCAUCAUCAUCUCAUCUUUCCACCCCUCCUACACCCUCUUCUGCGAUCCCUCCUCCACCUCCCCUUCCUCCUCCCCCUCACGUGCGUGUUAGUGGCGAGGUAGUGACAAAUAGCAGUAACACUCGCGCAAUGUCAAAUAAAAGUGUUCACACAAGAGGUCAGCGCAGCGCCCACGAGGCUGGUGGUGGCCACGCUGUGGGCGAUGACUUGAGAGAGUGUGGCCGCCUGUGGGAGCUGCACUUGCUGUACCAACAGCGACGCUCAUACGACGAUGAUAAAAGGAGCUCGAGCCCUUCAGGCCUUUUCUCCUCCCCUGACGCCUCCCUCAGCCUGUCCGGCAGAGAUAGAUGUGACGUUUCGACGACCUCGCAGCCGCUCGUCCAACCCCCGCUUCCCCCACCACCUGCGUCCCCGAGGUCCCCCCCACGUGCCUGGCUCCCUGCGCCAACCCCUGCCAGUGCUGAUCGUGGCAUCGCCACGGCCGAGUCGCCGUACCCGUGCCAGCCGCCUGCUACCCACUCUGGCUCCUCAACGGACAGAGAAGUAUCGUACUGCAGAAGUCGCCCUCAGAGGCCACUCACCUGGGGACCGCAAUCCACGCCACCUGUAUUUUCCUCUGACCAGUCUCACGCUCAGCCUGCUGCCGCCACGUUCGCUCCUGACCAGUCCAAGGUCCCUGGCAGUGGCCACACCGUCGCCGGCACGCAGGUUUGUCCCUCAUCUAGUGGGCUGGCCCGACCCUUGUCAGCCAGCCUCGUCGGUUCUUACGAGUCUCAGCGGCUGCAGGCACAAGGCCUCGCCGAGUGGCUCUUUUUCGCUCGCCUUGACCGCGGCAGCAAAGAGCUGAGCGAGCUGCCCACCACCAUGGAGCUGAAGGUCGCACCACAAGUCAAUGGGUCGAGUGAGGAAACCAGUGAUGGCCAGCGUGUGCCACAGAUGGUGCGGCAGGAGUCCGAUGAAAACAUUAGUAGAGAAGAGAUUGUGCGGUCUGCUAAAUAUCCGUCUGCCAAACUGAAGUCUGGGCGGGUAGCGUCGCCUCCUCCCCCGCCUCCCCGCCCCCGCACGCCGCUGGACGAGCGCGAUCCCGAGUUGGUGUUAGGCGAGCGCCGCUAUCUCUCCUACUUCCAGGAGCCGCCCUACAAACAGCAGCGAACACGCAGCACGUCCCGGGAACCCAAGACUCCUGAUCUGCAGCAGCUGGAGGCGCAGCGGCGGUACUAUUGCCACUUUCUGAGUCCCCCCCGGGGCUCCUCUCUCACGCGGGAGGAAGUGUACAGAAGCACCGAGCCAGAUGGGGCUCAGCUGGCCGCUCAGAGGCGAUAUAUGUCUUAUUUCAACCCCGGUCCACCGAGGCCUCGCUCAGCCCGCUCCCAGGAACCUCCCGAACUUGACGCAGCUCAGAUUGAAGCUGAACGCCGAUAUUUGUCCUAUUUUAACGCUGCUCCUCCGCGGCCACGUCGCGAGCCUUCACCUGGAUCACGGUCAUCUGUGGAGCCUGAUCCAGUGCAGCUGGAGGCUGAGCGUCGGUAUCUUUCAUAUUUCAAUUCUGGUCCGCCACGCCCACGCCCACGAUCACGACCCGCCUCCGUGGCCUCAGAGCCUGACUCAGAACAGCUGGAAGCGGAGCGUCGCUACCUGCGCUACUUUUCAUCUGGACCGCCGCGCCCCAAGCGGCGUCCAGAUGACGAAACUGACAAGUCAGAGACGGAAGCAAAGCCUGACCCUCAGCAGCUGGAGGCUGAGAGGCGCUACAUGGCUUACUUCCAGGGCACGCCCAAGGCCAAGCACAAGAAGGAAGAGGAAACUGAUAAAGAAGAUGAAGGGAAGCUCCGCGUCCCUCCCACUCGUGAAAUGUUGGAGGCUGAGGAAAGGUUUCUGAACUACUUCAAACCGAUCCCUUGCGGUGCACCCAAACGUUUGCUGGACGAGCCACCUCCAGUCAGCGAGCACGAGAAGGUCAGGCAGCAGCUUCUGCGGGAGUUCUGGGAGGCGCUGGAAAAUCGCAUUGACCGGAAAGAAAAGAAAAUCAUUAAAGUGAGUCGACCCAAGCGAGAGAUCCAGCGCGAGGCGACGCCACCCACGCAGCGGGAGCUGGUGGUGGAAGAGUUCCUGCAGCGCGUCAAGGACAGGAAGAAAGAGAAGGACUUGCACUAUGGCGACACCGACGACGAAGAAGAAGAAGACCAGAAAGACAAGGCACCUGGUGAGCAGGACGAGCCCGCCCCUGUCAUCGAGGGAGGCGGCGAGGUGAAGGGAAAGAUCGUGGAAGACCUUGGCCUCUUUGUGAGCUCCGAGGCCUUGCAGGAGCUCGGUCUCGAUGAAUCAACUCUUCUGAACGAGAUCGAACAGAUACUCGGAGUCGGUUCACUGACUUCCAACUCCGGGAAAGCGACAGACGCCUCUCCCGCUCCCCCGGAAAAGUCCAAGAGUCCUGUAAAGCCAAGUCUGGAUCCUGGAGAGUCCCGCAAACCCCGAGUUCCGGAGCGAGAUUCGAGCAGAGGAGUGUGGUCGCCGGGCAGGACUGAGAAGGACGACUCGGGUCCCUCCAGGAUCGACGCCCCGGACCUUCCCUCCUUCAAAGAUCAGCCCCAAAGUGUGGACGCCGAGGGCGGGCAGUGCCAGCCCCAGCCUAGGACGCAAGGACUACCGAAAGAUCACCUACGAACCCUCGUCCUCCCCCCAACGGCGCCCCUCACAGGAGAACAUCACGGCGCCGUCAAUUGAGGAGAGCUUUGCCUGGAAGGACGCCAACGUGGACAAGGUGGCCCGCUCCCCCACCUCCACGCUGCCCAAGGUUCAGAACCCGACCGUUACCCUCCUGCAGAAGAAACGAGAGGGACAGAUUCCCGGCAAGCGACCUGAGUACCUGAAACCUGAUGACGGACCCAAGUACCGGCCAGACGACAAGC